GGCACAGGAACCUUUGGCAGGGUCCUACUGGUGCGAGAUCGAUCGAUGAGCCGGCAAAGGCGCGACGCAUACUUUGCACUCAAGGUGCUGCGCAAGAGCGAGAUCGUCAAACUCAAGCAAGUCCAGCACAUCGAAUCCGAGCGUGCCAUCCUCAGCCGCAUCGAACACCCAUUCAUUGUCAACUUGCACCGCACGUUUCAAGACUCGCUCAAUUGUUACAUGCUGAUGGAGUAUGUCAUCGGCGGAGAAAUCUUCUCCCAUCUCCGCAGAGCCGGACGCUUUUCCGUCGAUGUGACAAGAUUCUACACUGCGACUUUGCUCCUUGCCAUCAGGCAUUUGCACUCGCGCAACAUCGUCUAUCGCGACCUCAAGCCGGAGAAUUUGCUCCUUGACGAGACGGGCUACAUCAAGAUGACGGACUUUGGCUUUGCCAAGCAUCUGUGUGACGAGCGCACCUGGACUCUUUGCGGGACGCCAGAGUACCUUGCCCCCGAGAUCAUUGAAUCCAAGGGGCACGGUCGCGCAGCCGAUUACUGGGCUUUGGGCGUGCUCAUGUUUGAGAUGAUGUGCGGCCACCCACCCUAUUUCGGCUCGGAUGCGUUUGCGACCUACGAAAAGAUUCUGGCGGGCGACCUGCGCUUCCCGGCUCACGUCGAUGCCGACACCAAGCACCUCAUCACUAGUCUACUCGAACCUGACGUUUCAAAGAGGAUGGGCAAUCUGGCCGGUGGAGCAGAGGAUAUGAUGAAUCACCGUUGGUUCCUCGGAGUCGAUUGGUCGGCUCUCGAAGCCAAGAGAAUACCCGCACCCAUCGUGCCCGGCAAUCUGCCGCCAGGGGACACGAGCAUGUUCCAGAAGUACUCGACCGUCGACCUGAAGACGAUGCCAGGGCUCGCCUCGGGACACAGUCACGCUGCUACUGCCUACAAUCCACAGCAAGAGAGGGGAUCGUACGACCACCUCUUUGGGGAAUUUUGA